GCGCCUAACCCCUCUCCAAAACAAGGAGAAGCCAUAAUUUUUCAUUUCCCAAACAAACCCUUCAUCAAUCUCACACUCACCGACCAACUCGUCCCCUUCAUCACACCUCCAAUGGCGACUCGCGCAUUUUCGCGACCAAAGUCAUCAUUUUUCUCCUCAAUACUCAUUCAAAACCUAAAAACAACACCAGUCAAAACGACCCCAUUGCUUCUAAACUCUCCAAUUCCAGAGCUCGAAAUCAAAUCAUGGAGACCCAUUUUUGGGUUCAAGCUGUAUCACGACGGGAGGCCCAGAGGACCGCUCUGGAGGGGCAAGAAACUGAUUGGCAAAGAAGCGCUUUUCGUAAUCUCGGGUUUGAAACGGUUCAAGGACGACGAAGAGAAGCUUGGGAAGUUUGUCAAGACCCACGUUUUGAGGCUUCUGAAGAUGGAUAUGAUUGCUGUGCUCACGGAGCUCGAGCGCCAGGAAGAAGUUGCUUUGGCAAUUAAGGUAUUUAACGUGAUUCGAAGGCAAGACUGGUACAAACCGGAUGUCUAUCUGUACAAGGACUUGAUUAUUGCAUUGGCAAGAUCAAAGAAAAUGGAGGAUGUUAUGCUACUGUGGGACAGCAUGAAAAAGGAGGAUCUAUUUCCUGAUUCUCAAACAUAUACAGAAGUUAUCAGGGGUUUUUUGAACUCUGGUUGUCCAGCAGAUGCGAUGAACAUAUAUGAGGACAUGAAGCAGUCUCCAGAUCCACCGGAGGAGCUGCCAUUCCGGAUUUUGUUGAAGGGACUUCUGCCACAUCCCCUUUUGAGAAACAGAGUCAAGCAAGACUUUGAGGAGCUGUUUCCCGAACAGCAUGUGUACGAUCCCCCAGAAGAGAUAUUUGGCAUGCGCGGCUGAGGGCUUGAAUUUUUCUUUCUCUUCAUUGGAGGGGGUCGUUGUAUCCCAACCGAUUAUAGGAUGAUGGAUUGCCUGCUAAAACCUUUAGGUGGUUUAUCCCAUAAAAUGACAUGUAAAAUUGUUCCUUCUUUUUAAAGUAUCGAAGAUUGGAGUUCUUGGAACGGAACUUUUCAUAUUUUGUAAAUGUUCUUGAAGGCAUGUGAAUUUUUGACCUGUCUGUGUUGACAUAGAUGAGCAUGUAUAUGAUUGAUUGUUGUUUUUGCACCCUUUGUAUCUUGGCACUGCUAAUCUCCGAAAUUAAGAGGCUGCAGUAAUACUUGGAAGCAAUGACUUGGUUUUGGGUCGGGUUUAAACUGGAUUGGGCCUCACUGAAUUCAAAGUGGGCUUUCUAAGGUAAUGUAAUUUUCUAGUAA